AUGGAUCGCAGAGUAUCGAGUAGUCCCGAUGUAAUAUUACCUAAACGAAAUGAAAACGCAGAUAACAUAUCAAUUUCGUCUCAAGAGAAAAAUUCCAGCAAUAGGUUUCCUUCACUCCCAGCAACACUACAGAAACCAUUAAAGUCAAAAAGAUUAAAACACAGUCAUAGUCGAGGAAGUCAUCGUCGUCGUCGUCAUCGUCGUCACCACCUUCAUUACAAUUAUCACCGACAUCAGCGUACUGGUCAAAAACGCAAUCCUUUAAUAGAAUUAAUUACAGUACCUAAAAACUCACCUGCAAAAAAAGUCGAAAUCAGUGAGAAUGGGAAUUCUGUAACGCCUGAUGAGACACAUUCAUCGAACAAAACAGUCGACAGCAAGAAAAUGCCUGGAAAUAGUGGUAGUGAAGUAACCGAAAAAGGAAAGAAGGAGAAAAUUCGAGAAGCAUCUUACUGGAAAUUUAAAAAAUUAAUUGAUUUGAUUGUAUCGUGGAUAAGACAUGUACUUGAUAAAGGUGUUACUGGUAUUAAGGCUGAAUAUGAGCGAUUAAAUCAAACUCCGAUAAUGGAAAUCCUGUAUGGAUCACCUGAAGAUGAACGCAACCGCUAUCGAGAUAUUGGUUGUAUUGAAAAAACACGCGUUAUUUUAAAGAACGUUGACACUGAAGCAAAUUAUAUCAACGCCAAUUUCAUUCAUUCCGGAAAACAUAAGAAACGUUUUAUUUGCACACAGGCUCCGCUAGAAACGACAACUGAGGAUUUUUGGCGUAUGAUAUGUCAAGCACAAUGUGAAUAUAUUGUUAUGCUUUGUGAUUUUGUUGAAAAUAAUAUGUCUGUUUGUGCCGAAUAUUGGCCACGAGAAGAAGGACAACGAAUGGAAUACGGUGAUACGGAAGUGAGAAAUACUGAGAUCACAAAGAUUGUUGUAGAGGAAAAUUACGUAAAUUAUACAGCGACUAAAAGUAAACUUCGCAUAAUUUCUCGUCUUGGACCUCACAGCUGUACACAUUUUUACUGGCCUGAAUGGAGCGAUCAAAUGCCGUCACCGUCUUUCGAGAUGCUACGUCGGAUCGGCAAAGAUAUUAGGCGGUCAAAAUUUCUCAGGCAUCCAAUAACAGUUCACUGCACAACAGGUGUUGGUCGUUCAGCAACAUUUUUGGUCAUUGAAUUAGUGCUUGAAAUGCUAAGUGAGGGUCAAAAAUGUGAUAUGGCAGAUUUACUGUCAAAUUUGCGUAAACAACGUGCCCAAGCUGUUAAUUCCUGGAAACAAUAUUUGGGGGUGCACAAACACAUAAUGCAUUAUUUGGUAACUCACAAAAAAAUCCCCAGGAAAAUUUUGUUCGAAGUGAACAAUUUUCUGAAUGCUUGCAGCGAACAAAUAAGCAACGAGUCAGCACAAAAUGAAACUCCAGGAAUACAGUCCUAG